GCAAGUUGAUUUUGUUUAUUGCUGCCCUUGUUAAUUAUAUAAUCAGAUAUUAAAGUAAUCACUCUGAGGUCAAUUACAUUACGUACGUUGAUAAGGGUAUUCUUGUCUAGAGUGCUACGAGUUAAGACGCAAUCUCUGCCCAAGUGAGGCAAAUUAAGUUAGUGACUAUUAAGUUAUUUAAAAACGUAAUUUUAAAUGAGAUUAAAAGGUGCUUAAAAUGUUCCACUUGUUGAUUGUUUCUUGUAUUAUUGUGAGUUGUAACUCAAUGGACUAUUAUGACGAUGUCGAUCCCGUAAUUGAAAUGUUAAUGAACGAUAAUAUUAUAGAAGAGUAUUCUGAAAGCUAUGAUGUAUCUGAAGACAAAUUUGUUUUUAGCGAUGGAUUAUGGAGAUGCGGCACUUGUCUGGAUGUAGAGAAUGUUAUAUACAAUGAGAUAUACGACUUCAACUCUACUAAUAUACAGGAAGAUAACGAAGUCCAGGUUGGUAUAUCAGUGGAGAGCAUGCGCUGUGUCACAGUAAAGACGAACGAGGAAGCUGCUGUAUCUCUAGCCGGCGGCAGCUGCUCGGGUGAUGUUACCAUACAAUUGAUACGGGCUGAUCUCUGUGAAAUUAAUAUUUACAACUAGUUUCAAGUAAAGAUUAAUAGCAAAUACAGUAAAAU